AUGAGCUCGCUGGGCUUCACCAGCAAGGAGCAGCGCAACCUGGGCCUCCUUGUGCACCUGAUGACCAGCAACCCCAAAAUCCUGUACGCGCCUGUGGGCACUGAAGUGGACAAGGUCAUCCUGAAGGCCAACGAGACCUUCGCCUUCGUGGGCAACGUCACCCACUACGCCAAGGCGUGGCUGAACAUCUCCCCCGAGAUCCGUGCCUACCUGGAGGAGGGCAGGCUGCAGAGGCGCAUCCGCUGGCUCCAGCAGUUCACCGCUGACCUCCACAAGCACCCAGAGAUCCUGAAUGUCUCGGACAGCGAUGUUCUCCACAACUUCCUCAAUGGCAACUUCUCCCUGCCCAACGCCAGCGUCCUGCUCCAGCAGCUGGACACCAUCGACAAUGCCGCGUGCGGCUGGGUCCACUUCAUGGCCAAGGUCAGCGUGGACAUCUUCAAAGGCUUCCCAGACGAGGAGAGCAUCGUCAACUACACACUGAACCAGGCUUACCAGGACAACGUCACAGUCUUUGCCAGUGUCAUCUUCCAGACCAACAGGGACGGCUCGCUGCCCCCCCACGUCAUGUACAAGAUCCGGCAGAACUCCAGCUUCACAGAGAAGACCAACGAGAUCCGGCGGGCGUACUGGCGGCCCGGCCCCAACACUGGUGGCCGCUUCUACUUCCUCUAUGGUUUCGUCUGGAUCCAGGACAUGAUGGAGCGCGCCCUCAUCAACACCUUUGUUGGCCAUGACGUGGUGGAGCCCGGCAACUACGUGCAGAUGUUCCCAUACCCGUGUUAUACCCGGGAUGACUUCCUCUUCGUCAUUGAGCACAUGAUGCCCCUGUGCAUGGUGAUCUCCUGGGUCUACUCGGUGGCCAUGAUGAUCCAGCACAUUGUGACCGAGAAGGAACAUCGCCUGAAAGAGGUGAUGAAGAUGAUGGGCCUGAACAACGCGGUGCAUUGGGUGGCUUGGUUCAUCACCGGCUUCGUGCAGCUCUCCAUCUCGGUCACGGCGCUCACCGCCAUCCUGAAGUACGGCAAGGUCCUGAUGCACAGCGACGUCCUCAUCAUCUGGCUCUUUCUCGCCAUCUAUGCGGUGGCCACCAUCAUGUUCUGCUUCCUGGUGUCGGUGCUCUACUCCAAGGCCAAGCUGGCCUCUGCCUGUGGUGGCAUCAUCUAUUUCCUCAGCUAUGUGCCUUACAUGUACGUGGCCAUUCGGGAGGAGGUGGCACAUGACAAGAUCACGGCCUUUGAAAAGUGCAUCGCG